AUGAGCCAGCUAAACCAGAGUGAGAACUGCUCCUUCCACGAUGUGGAUGAGCUGAUGAAAACAGUGCAGCUGGCUGUCCACAUCCCCACCUUCCUCCUCGGUCUGCUCCUCAAUCUGCUCGCCAUCCGAGGCUUCAGCUCCUUCCUGAAGAAGAGGUGGCCCUGCUACGCUGCCACCUCCAUCUACAUGAUCAACCUGGCGGUCUUUGACCUGCUGCUGGUGCUCUCUCUCCCAUUCAAGAUGGCCCUGUCUCACGUGAAGGCUCCCCUUCUUCCCUUCUGCACCCUAGUGGAGUGCCUCUACUUCAUCAGCAUGUAUGGGAGCAUCUUCACUAUCUGCUUCAUCAGCCUGGACAGAUUCUUGGCCAUCCGGUACCCGCUCCUGGUCAGCCACCUCCGGUCCCCCAGGAAGACCUUUGGGAUCUGCUGCGCCAUCUGGGUCCUGGUGUGGGUGGGGAGCACCCCUAUCUACAGCUUCCAUGGGAAAGUGGAAGAUUACAGGUGCUUCCACAACAUGUCUGAUGGCACCUGGAGUGCCAAGGUCUUCUUCCCUCUUGAGGUCUUCGGCUUCCUCCUCCCCAUGAGCAUCAUGGGCUUCUGCUCCUACAGGAACAUCUGCAUUCUGGUCGCCCGUCAGGACCACACCCAGGACUGGGUCCAGCAGAAGGCCUGUAUCUGGACUAUCGCGGCCAGUCUGGCUGUCUUUGUGGUCUCCUUUCUCCCCGUCCACCUGAGUUUCCUCUUGCAGUUCCUGGUGAGGAAUGGCUUUAUCGUGGAGUGCAGAGCCAAGAAGAACAUCAUCUUGUUCCUGCAACUGUCCAUGUGUUUCUCCAACAUCAACUGCUGUCUGGAUGUUUUCUGCUACUACUUUGUCAUCAAAGAAUUCCGCACGGAUAUGAUGGCCUACCAGCCUCCCAGGGCCCAGCUGGUCCUCCAGGACACCAUGACCACCAUGGCUAAGGGAAGACAGCUGUGCUUGGAGGAAGGAAACCUCGGUCUGAAUUCCACAGCAGAUACCUCUUCCUAG